GCGAAGAAGGAAAUCUACGAUGUAAAACAACAAAGGCUGUGUCUGGCACAGGAUGAGUACAAUCAUCUCAAUAAUGCUUUAACGACGCUUGGCGCAUCGCGUACCAGUUUAUGCUCCAGUUCGAGUUCAUUGAGCACGAAGUACGAUCCUGAUCUUUUGAAAUCUGAUGUUGCCCUCGCAAGGAGCCGAGUUUCUCGAUUGAAACGAGAACUCGAACAGAUUCGAGCAGAGAUGAACUGUACGCAACGAGGAGUAGACACCCUUGCAAGCGUCGAGCAGAAGCUGAGCGGACACCAUGGAGGUUGCUACAACAUCACAGAGGCCCAGGCAAUUAUGACGGAACUUCGUAAUAUCCAAAAGUCCCUGAGCUCGGGGGAGAAAGAGAAAGCCGAAUUGAUGCAGUCUUUAGCGAAGCUUAAGGACGAGUUAACGAGAUUGCAGCUGUGUGAAGGUAGUCCCGAGGCAAGCACGCUCAGUUUACCUCAAGAGAAGCUCAGCACAGCGUCCCAGACUGAUUUGUCGGGCGAGUUGAUACCGAUCGGCACGCGUUUAGCCGAAAUGGCCAGGAUGAGGUUGCAGUACGACGAGGCAAGGAAAAGGAUACAGCACAUUCAGCAGCAAUUGGCGGACCUCGAGGAAAAGGUGACGCCCGGCCAGACGGAGAGCGACAAAGACAAGCUGUUGCUCUUUCAAGAGAAGGAACAGUUGCUCAGAGAACUCCGGAGCAUUACGCCGCGCACGAGAACGCAACAGGACAUGAAGAAGAUCCAGAGCGAGAUACGUCGCCUGGAACAAGACUUGAACAAUGCACUCGAAUUGUCGAACAAAACCAUAACCGAUCGCGUACGACUUCACGAGGAGAAACAGUUGUUGUUGCAACAAUUGAGGGACGCUCUACGUUCGAUGGCGAUGCUCGAAGGUCAAUUGAAAACGCUCAGCGCUAGCACGCUCUCGGUGAGCAGCAGUUCCAGCCUGGGUAGCCUCAGCACGACCAGCAGCAAGGGUUCCCUAAGCUCUGGAUUGAGUUUCACCGAUAUUUACGGUGGCCCGCAGUGUCUGGGUCCCGUUAGUUCGCAGCAAGAACGUCCUGUUGACAUGGUCGACCUACACAGGCGCGUGGAGAGAUUGCUCAGGGGUUCGGAACAGAAUAAUCUCGUCAGCACGCCGUCGCCCGGCAGGUCUCAGCCAAGUUUGUCGCCGAGAUCGAGCCUUUCCAGCGUCAGCCCGCCCGUCUCGCCGCUUUAUGAGAACGCUCCUAUGGGACCACCACCCGCCUACGAGCACAUAGAGAUGCAAAGGAGGCGGCAUCAGAGAGCGUCCGCUUCCUCGAUCGUUCAUCUAGAUGGAAAUCAAUUGGAGGAUCGAUUGGCGGAGCUUAGACUUAGUCAGCAGCAACUACCACCGCAGGAACAGUCGUGUAGCGGUUCACAAGAUCGUCUUAAACUGGUUGGCGGUCCUCAUCCGCCCGUCGAACUGCCGUCGGGAAAUAUGUCUCAAGGCAGCGGUCUCGGUAGGCCUGUGAGCGCUAUACAUCAGAUACCCUCGCAAGAACCACCGCCCCUUUCACCGAUCAGCGAGACACCACCGCCCACUGAAAUUCGCUCGAGAGCCAGUAGCUCUGGCACGAACACCAGGUCCGUCUCGGCCGCUGUUUCCGACGAAAGUGUCGCGGGAGAUUCGGGAGUCUUCGAAGCGUCCAAUCGGAGAAGACUUUCCGGAGUAAUCGGUGACGUUGAUUCGUUGGCGCUCGGGGAGAUGAGCUUGGAAACGGCACAAGUGCAGAUCAAGCUUAGAUAUUCCGUAUGCGACGGUCUACUUCAUGUUGGCAUCGAACGUGCGCGAAACCUGGCUGCUCUUUUUAUUCCUAGCAACGCGCAAGUGUACAUAAAAGCUGCGUUACUUCCGAUGCAACCACCCAUUAAUCACAUGUGUUGUACAAAACCCGUUGUGGAUUUGCACAAACCAACCUUCGGUGAAACAUUCCCGAUUGCUGUACCACUCAACAAGCUGUAUACGAAGACGCUUCAAGUUAACGUUUGGUGUACAGGCAAUGAGUCUGAGGAGUGCUUGGGAUCUGCCCAAGUAUCCCUUGCAGACUUUAGCCCAGAAUUGCCAAGCGUGAAAUGGUACAAUAUACUGUCCUUCCGCUUCAUGCAACCGCCUGACAGUCCCAGCACGAGCACCAGCAACAGCAACAGCAUCUGCAUUAGCAUAUCGAGGCAAGCUAAGCACGAUAAACAAGAAUCAGACAUAUCAGUCUAUCGUAGUGGACAAAAUACAAAGGAGGAGAGCAGCGACGAGAGUACAAUAAUCAGCUCUCAGACGUCUACUUUAACGAGGAAUCAAGGAUGCGAUGAGCUGCAAACAGCCAUCUCGUUGAGGCUGGAGGAACUAGCUAAUUGCUUGGGAAGCCCCGAAGAGGAGGAUGAAAAUGCUGGUAGCGAAAGCGGAAGCGACGACAGCGACGAAGAGGGGAUUAUCGUUGAAUUCAUGAUGGAAGAUAAUGUCUUGGAGGAUGUCUUGGAACACGAGGAGGAUGAAGAGUUGAACGAAGAGGCCAAGCAGACCCAAGAUAAGGAGACCAAUACGGAAUGUAUUUUUAUCCCAGAACAAGGAAAGCAAAGGAAACUAUCGGCGGCCGGUAUUGCGCCAAAUAAUGCUAUAUACGACGAUAGAAAUUCUAUUGUAAUCAAAAGGAGUCAAACAUUUUCACCCAGCGCUGCAGUCAGCAAAAAUCACUAUAUUUGUCGACUGAAUCGGAGCGACAGUGACAGUAGUAUGCCACUUUAUCGUAGAGGGGGUCCCUUCCAACGGAAUUCGGUGGAAAGAAGGUCUCUUCGGUGGCGACGUCCUUCUUCCGCGCUUAGUUGUAAAACAACCUCGAAAAAGUGCACUAAUCUGCCACCCACUGCUAGAACCUCGUUGGAUCUUGAAUUGGAUCUUCAAGCGCAGCACGCUAGAUUGAGCAAUCUUCAGGACGAGCUCAGCAGAAUGCGCGAAUUGAAGCAGAGGUUAGAGCAAGCGCGCGAGAAAGGAGAUACCGAUUUUACAACCUGGCUGCUGGAGGAUCACAAGUUCCAAAGUUUUAUGGCACAAGCCGAGAGUGGAAAAAGUGGAAAGACCGCCGAAGACAAACGAGUGGAGAAAAUGUUGAAAAGAACUUCGAAAGAGAUUUAUAAGCUGAGAAAAACGAAAGCUGGGAAAGGAAAGCCAGACAUUAUUUCUUUCAAGGAAAAGAUGGCUUUCUUUACGCGCGUUAAUCUCAAUGUUCCUGUACUGCCAUCCGAAGACUCGUCGUACGAAAAUGCGUCAUUGCCAUCAUUAUCAUUCUCCCAGCACAAGAGAUACGCAUCGGAACCGAUAACCAGCGAAUCCGUGGCCACUAAACUCGGUGCUCAGGAUAUCUCGAACGUGGCUACAGGAUCGAACAGUGUCUCCAGCGAAAAUGUAUCCGUAGGAAGAGUCGACGGCGCCGCGGCUAAAAGCACGAGCAUCGUUGCAAAUUUAAGCGAAGAUAUUCUGGCCAACAGUACAAAUAAAUCCGUAAACGCGAAAGGUCGGCCUGUCGUGGUGAAGUUACAGUGCGCGGAGAAUGGUCAAGGCGAGAGCCUAAAGUCACUCGAAGAGAAUGACAACGAGGAGCCAAGAAGGUACGAGUACGUUGUCGACAGAGUUCUUGGCGUAGAAGUAUAAUGUUCGUAUUUUAGGCUUUUUUUUUUUUCACGAACGAACAGAAAAAGUUGUUCAGAUUAUUCGAAGAGCGCAUCACAGAUCGUAUGGAAAGAAUAGAA